AUGGAUGGAAUUAUGGUUCUGAAGGACCAGACGCUUGGAGCGAUGCCUGCCCACAAUGUUCUGAAAAAUCAGUCACCAAUUGACACAAAUGCAAAACAUUCCGCGAUUAUCAAUAAUGGACAUACUAUUUCUGUCACGCUCGAAGGCGAAAGUCCAUCUGGUUUCAAAUUAACCAGUGGUGGUCUCGUUGGCACGUAUGAAUUUGUUGGUUUUCGUGCCUUGUACUAUAAGAAUAUUGUGACAAUCACUUAUUCAUAUUCGCUUCCUUUAGGUAUUGAACGAAGCAAAAACGAGAUUGACUCUCGAAAUGCAAGCGCAAUCGUUUGUGAUGACGCAUAG